CACACCACCUUUUGUUUAGGAGCCCUUUAUUGCAGGCAAAGAGCAGUUGUGCCCAUCUCCAUCAUCGCAUCCAGAAGAAUAUCGAGUCAUCAUGAGGACCAGUCACAUCCUUCUCCUCUGCAUCCUGGGAGCUGCGUUGCUGGACUCCGUGAUCUGCAGCAAUGGAAUUGGUCCUGAUGACUGCUGCUUCAAAUUCUACCCAAGAAGAUUGAACAAAAACCUCAUCACUUCAUAUUACAUGACUGAUUACCGGUGCCCAAAAACUGGAACCAUUCUGGUUACCCAAAAGUCUCGUCAUAUCUGUGUGGAUCCAAAUCUCUCCUGGGUUGAGGACAUCAUGAAAAUGGUGGAUGAACGCUCCUUGUAAAGCAGCUGCCUGCUCAUCCUUACUUCAAGUUACUGUGGUUUUUGUUGCUUUAUCAAAUCACAUACUAUGAAAGGCUUGUAACAAUAUGGUCAUGAUAUUGGUAUUAAUGUGCAAAUCUGCUUUCUAUUUUCCUUUGUUUUUGUAAUAUCUUUUGGUUGCUUUGUAUUACCCACAAUAUCAUACAGUAAAAAACCUCAUACAAACACAGUCAACAGUGUGAAAACGUUGCCAUGUCUCUUCAAUUCCUUGUAAGCUAGAAAACAUGCUGUUGAGUCUACGGUUUGUGCAAGCCUUAAUCGGCUUAGACUUGGUCUAAAAUAACAAAAGAAUUUUGACCCAAGAAAAAGAUGCUAAAAAGCUGAUAACACAACCUUAUGAGCUGUAAUGAUGUAAAGACAUUUUCUGAAAUACGUUUCCUGUCAUUUGAUUUAUAUUAAAUUAUAGGGAAAAAUAGGGCAUUUCCUUGAAAGGAGAGCUUAAACACAAUUUAAAGUAUUACCUGCUGAGCACUGACUGAAAGACACUUUAUGUCAAAGGGGAUAUAUGUCGCUUUUCAACGAAGUCACUAAAUAAAUCAAAUUUUUACUGCCUUGUUGUCAAUGGGCUCUAACCUCACUUAGAAAUAAAGCACACACCUGUUUUCUCUGUU